AUGUCCAAUACGGUGUUGGCUGACAUUAUUCCAAGCGAUAUACAACAACUAGAAACCCAGCUUCGGAGCCUGGAGCAAGUAGUACAUCAGCUGCACUCGGUCCAGGGCCAGGGAGACCUGGCAUCGGCGGGUGGCCUUGGUGUUUCACCUUUCGGCGGAGACACCUACGGAAACUCACAGACCAUUGAUGGAAUUGCACAGUCAUCACCAGCGUCAACCGCAAGCCCGCUUAAACCGCUGGCCAGCAUACCAUUGUCAGUGCUAAACGAGAGCACUCACGAUAGCUUUACAGGCUCCUUUUCGUCAGUCAAGCUUCUUUCUCUUUUGGCAAACACCGGCAAUGCGUCUCCUAUUUUCUCAUCAGGACCUACACGGCAGGAAUGCUCAAAAGGCGAGUCGCACUAUGUCAUUACCCGCCUUAUAUCGGUCGUUAAUCAUGGAUUGUCGUCCUCGCAUCUGGACAACUACUUCCACGCCUUCCACUUGAACUACCCUCUGCUGGACCAAGCAGAGGUGCGGCGGAAUUGGGACCAUCUGCUAAGCUUCACGCACGAGGUGGAAGUAGAAGGCCAGAACGAAGAACUCUACAGCUCGCUGGGCUUUCUAAUUGUUUACAUGGUCAUUGCAAUUAGUCUGUUGCUGGAACACAGGCCCGACAGUAAGAAUCUCGCGAACCAAAUCUACUCAGGGACAAUUCAACUUCUCUCGGCACCAUCUUCAGUGCUUCUCAAUACCCGACUGCUCAGGCAUGCGGGCGAUGAGACUUAUAUCGUCCAGUUCAUAUUCUUGCUUGCUCUCUACCGCCUCCUGGACCCUUCUGGCGGCUCCGCUUGGCAGCUUGCCCGAUAUGCCAUGGAUACGAGUGUCAUGUUUGGAUUUCAUCGACUGUCGAGGAAUACGCACGGCUUUUCGCAUUCGAAUGACGACUUCCUUUCCAGAGGCCUCAUAGCUCGGAAGGAAGUGACAUUAUGGAGUUGCUUUUGCUUGCUAAGGUCGGUUGCUGAAUUUAGCCUCUUGAUUCUUUCAUUGCAGAAACAAGCUUACCAAGCAGUGUACAGAGACUUGAGUGCUCUUUUGGACCGCAGUUGUGGUGUGCAGCCCGGUGAUAUCGAUCCGCUACCAUCGCCAUAUUCAAGGGCACCUUCAUAUAUUCACGCGUUCAUGCGGCACAUGGUGGAGUAUCAUCAGAUCCAAGCCCAUCUAUCACGAAAACGGAGCGAAGACGCAUUUCAGUACAUUGCCGUUUUGCGCAGAUGGAGAGCGGCCACGCCAUCCUCACUUGAUCUCGACAGGGCUAGCGGAGCAACACCGGGGCGCUCUCUCAGUCAACUGACCGAACCUGAGCUAUCUCAGCACUGGGACUCUUGGUACUAUCGCGGAAUACUCGAGUGCAUUGACGUUCAUACCCAGCACCACCAUGCAGCCGCUAGCCUGGCUGUGAAAGGAUGCUUGUUCUUCCUUGGGCUCACUGCCGAGAUCAGCAUGAAGAAAUCGGGCGUUCGAUGGGAUACUGCAAUAUUUUACUUCUCAGUAGGCGUCAUUCUUGCUAAUCUAUCAGCGAAACAAGUUGUUGCGGGGGCUCGGAAAGAUCUUGCAGAAAUUGUCACCGCUCUGUCUCGUUGCUCCGACAUCCUCUCUGUUUACCUUGCGGAUUUACCCAUUCUGGCGCCAUACUCUCGGCUGUGGUAUCAAUUCUCCUCGGAAAUAGCAGUGCUUCUUAAUACCAGGCUAGUACGUACUGAGAUCUACGGUGCAACCUUACUUCGUACAAACUGA